GAUCUGGGUUUCCAUCUAUUUGUAUAAUACCAUACCCCAUACCCCCUAUCCUAUUUUCAGAUCUUUAAUUCAUCAGACCUUUCCUUUUUUCCCUUUUAGUCGAUCAUAUUUCAGCUGGACGGUUGUAAAAAGGAAGAAACAUAAAAGAAAAAUAAUAGUAAGGCACCAUGAGUUCGACAAACAAACACCCCCUUCGCAAAUCUUGCGGCUUCUGCCGUUCCCGCAAGAUAAAAUGCUCGAACGAGACCAUCUGCGAGGCGUGCCGAAAGCAGGGCGUUGACUGUAUAUACGAUUUUGAACCAUACCAAUCAUCAUCACGAUCCGCAAGUAUAUCUCAAGCAGACCGAGCAGCACACAGAGCCGGUUCACAACAUCCUAGCCCACGAUUGGGUAGCGAAGAAGAUAGUGCAAGGAACACAGCAGCGUAUGCAACGUCGGAUAUUGGGACGGAGUUAGAGUCCAUGUUUUAUGCUCGUUUCCUAGCAGGAAGCCCCCGAAACAACACAAACUCGAAUGCCUAUCAACAGAAGAUAUCUGCAUUCAACCGGGCUGCUCAACGGGCACCCGCAUCACCACCCACCGAUGGCCACUUUACCCCGACUUUCGACGCCCAGACGGCGAAGUACAGCGGUCUUCUUUCCCUUCUCACUCAAGAUCUUGUCGGCCUCACGGUGGCCAAGUUCGGAAGCUUAGGAUGUCAGUUGGUUGAAAGCGGUGGAGCGAGGUUCUUAGUUGACGGACUUCGCUCUGAUCAUACAGAAAGCAUGUUCGAUCCUCCACCUCAAGGACAGAACCCCUUGGCCGAAUAUGGAAGCCGCAAAAUUAGCCAGAUCAUUGAUGUCUGGUUCUCAACACACCCUCUAUCCUUCCUCCUUUCUAAGACACUGGUAAUGCAUGAACUUCGUGGAGAGACCCUCGACGAAACCCUAUUAGCUGUAAUCUUGGCCGAUGCCAAUUUCUUCAUUGGCGACGAUGUCUCAGUAGCUCGUGGUCAUUUACUGUUGCGCCACGCGACAUCAAAGCUCCGUACCCAACAAUUCUGUGCUUCCGGCUUAUCUGAAUCUUCUCAGCCGGGUGCCCCUCAAUCCAUUCUACCUCAUCCUACCAUCGCUACCGUCCAGGCCAUAACUCUCCUGGGCUGGAAUGCAUUGUGCCAAUCUCAGAUUCGCCGGGCUACAUGCUAUAUCGGUCUCGCUGGUCGUCUUGCGACGGCACUCAAGGAACAGAAGUGGUCUACCACAACGGCCGGACCGGGAAGUCGCAUCAACGGUAUCGAUGUGUGUGAGGUCGAGAAGGAGAUGGUAGCCUACCUGUGGUGGAUCACCUUCGCCCUCACUCAGUGGCUAUUCAUGCAAAUGGACCAGCAGCUCCCCUACCUCCCCAGGGCUAGCUUGACAUCUGUUUUCCUCCCGGCCGACGCCUCAUCAUCAGUUUUAAUCCGUUUAGAUGAAGCCUCUGAUAAUCUCUCCACACUCCAGAGGCAGAAGGCGACCAUGAUGGAUAUCUGGCCACUUGCUCACAUCUCUUCGGUUGUCGCUUACAUCUUCGCUCUGUACCCACAAGACAUGCCGCCAAGCGACCAACCCGAAGCCCUUUUCUGGCAAGAAAUGCCCCUUUUCGCUCUCGGUCGCAUUCAAAAUGGCACGGUCCCACAGACUCUCGGAUUGGUCUGUCGCGAAAUUCACCGAGUUCUCAUUGAGAACAUCCACAUUUUGGAUAGCAAGAUCAACUACACGUCGUCAAGGACUCUUGUUCUUGCUGUAUACUUGACAAUUGCGAUCCACAUUCUUUUCCCGCAAUCGGCGGACAAUUUUGCCGAUUCGAUUCUAACGGGCGACGUUAUGGAUCGGUUCUGCACUUCUGCCGAGGAGCUGAUUAAGAUUAUCACCGCUGCUAGCGAAACAUCUCCGAAUGAGCCACUAUUCCGAAGACCCACCCAAAUGCACCCAUGCUCACCCGAAAUCUUCACGAUUGCAUUAGACAGCUGCGCUCGCGCUUUGUCGAGAAUUCAAUCGCGAAAGGGUGCUGCAAACAAUGUCGAGCUGUAUGCGUUAUACGAGCCCCGACUUCGAGCCCUAGCUGUUCGAUUAGAGGAAAUUGCCCAGUACCAAUCAUUCAGUCCUGGCCCCGCUCUCCGCGUUGUGAGGAGACAUCUCAAGAGCAUCACCUUGGAGUUUGGUGUUAUUUCUCCGAUCACCGGUAGCCACUGGCGGAGUAACUCAACCUCCUCACUUUCCAUCAAUUCAAUUUCGAACAUGGCGGAUGAUUUCCGACCACCAAUUCCACGAGCACUUUCACAAUCCAUGACUCCAUCGCAUUCUAUGACACCUAGCUUGACAUCAAGCCCUCAAUUAUCCGACACUUUUACACCUCCUUUUGUUCCUAUGGAAUUUCAGUACCCCCUUGGCAACAGCAACAUGUCGAUGCCUGGGGACUCUGAGAAGCCUGGUUCUAAACCUGAGGGAUUAUUCCUCCACAUCGGCGAUCACCCCGCCCACAACGGUGAACAUGACCCCAACGGGACUAUGCACCCGGCGAAUAUGGGGGAGAUGACCGACGAGGCCUGGUACCAGGAUGAGCCGGCCAUGAUGGACUUUGACAUGAACACUGCAGAGUUGAACGGACCCAUAAUAUGGCAAAACUGGUCAACUCUGGCUUAAGAGUUGAUCGGAAUGCGGGGGAGAAGACGUAGGCGGCAUUUACGUGGGGGUCCGGGUGACAAACUCCGAACAUAUUAUCUGAUGAUUUACCACUUUCAUUUCUUUUUGUACAAAUUACCUAUUUAUCACUACAAGCGUUCAUUGCAUGGGAGCAUAGGCGGGAGAGCACCGGCGAAUUUGGCGCAUUUUGGAGUUUUAACGAAUUACAUGAUGAUCAAAAGCAAUAGAAUGGUACACAGCUAGAUACUAUACCCGCCUAGCCAGCUGGGCCUUUAGACAUAUUAGCAUGC